CCACCUACGGCCGUCGGAUCCAGACGCCCAAGGCAUCCGCGUACUUGAAAGUAUUCGGCAACGAGCUCAAGUUCAGCAAGUACGACUCGCUUAACGAGCUGGUCAGCUCGCUGGGAGCCAGUGAUCCGCUGGACUUCCUGCAGAAGCUGGCAAAGGAUAUGGACUGGACUGAGAACUACCAGUUCCUGGAUUCGGCUUACACCAUGCCCACUAUCGCUGGCUUCCCAUUUGUGCUGAAGGCGGUCGGCACGGCCACUGUGUCUCUUAAGACGGGCGGCAGCUUCAACAUUGAAAGCUGGGACAAGAUGAACAUCAACGGCCACGUCAAGCCGUCGGCGGCGGUGGAGAUCAUGAGCGAGAUGGUGGUGGAUGCACAUGUUGCGCACACUGGCCUCAAGAUGAACACGAACCUUCACACGUCCACCGUCUUCGACGGCCACGCCAUCGUCGACUCAGGCAAGAUGGUCUCGGUGAGGAUUAACAUGCCGCGAGAGAAGGUCGAGAUCCUGGACAUCAACACCCGUUUCCACAGUGUGUUCAGGAACAAAGCACGCAAACUGGAGAUGCAUACCGACAACCGCUACGAGCUGGUAGCAUGCUCUGACCGUUAUGUCAGCCCGCAGCUACUGGGCGUCAAUUUCUGCACGGACAUCAGGUACUCGCAAGGCUCUGAGGGUCUGCCGAGCGUGCUGCUCUCCGGUCCGCUGACUGCCCGCUUCACCAUCGAGAAGACGGACACCAUCAAGGGAUUCGAAUUCGAGUACCGCCACUCGAACGAGGCCAGCGUCAGGAAGUCCAGUCUGGUCAUCGACACGCCCGGCUCCGCCACUGACCGCCGCAUCAACGUGGACUACAUGAUCAACUUCGAGCAGAAGGCGUUCAAGGCCGGCUUCCGCACGCCCAUCAAGUCGAUGGACGUGUCGGGCAGCCUGGACCUGGCAGGACAGACCAAGCAGUUCGAUGCGUCGCUCAAGAUGGACGAUAGGGAGCUGGCUGGCGUUGCCGGCCGGCUGGAGGUGGACGAGACGCCAGUCAUGGUGCGCUACUCGCCCUCCUUUAGCGUGCGCGGCCCCGCCGGCGAGCUGGUCGCCUUCGACGGUGGACUGAUCGUCAGCAAAAACAAGCACAAAUACAACGUAGACAUCACCAUCAGCAAACUCUACCAGACGCCCAUUGUCCUUAAGGGCGCCUUUAGCGAAGAUGAUGGGACUUACAACGUCCUGACAUCAGUGGAGUCUUACGUUCUGGAUAGCAACAUGAAGGGGUCGUUCCGCUUCGCUGGAGACAACCUUAUCAUUCACGCCAACACCGACUACAGCUUCAUGAACGGCGAGCGCCAGACCAUCAUCGUCAGCUCCAAGAUGAGCAAAGACGAGCGGGACGACCUCACCGCCUACAAACUGUUCCUGGAUACCAAGUUCUCUGCGCUUCCGAUUCUGGACACCCAGCUGACAGCUGAGCGGCAAGUGACCUCAGAGGGCUGUGAGAGCCGGCUGGUGCUGACGCGCGGAGAGCGCCACUACGAGCUGAAUACCAUGCUGAGCCACGGAGACAAGAUGGCCGCCAGUCUCGGCGUGGUCGUCGCCCACUGGGACGUGGACUUCAAGCUGGGCGGAGAGAUGGACUUCAGCCAGGACCACAAGGUGGUGGUGGGCAUCGAAGGACGGCUGAACAAGGAGAAGUUCGCCAGGGGCAAGCUGGGGCUGGACUUCAAGUCGGAGCAGCACGGCUUCAACUACGGCGUGUCGGCCGACCUCGACCUGCCCUUCGCCAAGUACUCGAUGCAGACCGGCGUGAGGCGUGAGGAGGAGGCAGCCCACCUGAAGAUGGUGGUCGUCCGUCAGACGUCGGCCGCGCGCGACGAGGUGGCGCUGGUGGCGCUGCUGGCGCGCGAGCACGGCCAGUUCGAGGUGGACUUGACGUUGAGCGUGCCGCACUACCCGCGAUGGCAGGCGGCCGGUCGCCUGGUGCCCGGCACCGGCGGCCUCUACCUGGCGCGUGCCACGCUACAGGGCGGUGAGCGCCGCUACACGCUCGGCGCCGAGUACAAGCUCCAGGAGGAGCAUGUGCUGGAGCUGCUGCUGGAGGCGCCGGGCCGCCGCUUCUCAGGCCUGGUCUCGGCGCUGGUCACCGGCGAUAGCCCCCGGGUCAAGGUCGACCUCCGCUGCGAUCGACGUGUCAUGGCGGUGUUCACGGCACUACCCUACGGAUGGGAGAAGACUGCCAACUUCGAGAUCUUCUGGAACAAGGAUGUUGAUGAUACGCAGAAGGCGUCCUUCGACGUGCUCCUGCGGGGCAAUAUCAUGGCCGCCAGUCUUAAAUACCCCGGUCGUCUAAUCAAGCUAGAUGCAACUUUAACGGCGACGGAGUUGACGGCUGACCUGCAGUACGCGCCCGGCAAGACGAUUCACAUCGUCCGCAAGGAUCAGCGGGUUGGCAGAAACGGGUUCACUACUACUGUCAACGUCGACACGCCCAUUGAGGGCUUCACUACCAUGUCGCUGACGCUUUUUAAGAAGCCCGAUGUGGAGCAGGACGACCUACUGUCCUCUGACCUACUGGUGAAUUUCGAGGUGUCCGGCAACGUGGAGGGGAGCGAGGCGCGCAUGACAGGUCUCGUUCUGGUGGACAUGCGUCGGCUUACAACUAUCAAGACAGAGGUGGACCUGGUGACGCCCUUCCGUGGCUGGGAGCACAAUCAGCUGAACUUCAACUACCACAUGGACAGAACCACGUUCACGGCUCUCGCUUCCGCCACCAAGAACGAAGAUCAGAUUGCUCUGGGAGGAACUUUUGAGUUGUCCCACAACUCUGAUGCGUUCAAGAUCAACGCUGGGCUUGAGGUUGCUCUACCCACGGACGCGCUUCGGAAGGCAAAGAUCGGCUUCCACUUCAAAAUGGGGGACCGCCACUUGGACACAGGGAUUCUUGCUCGAUGGAUGACCACCAAAGACAUGGAAGUGUCACUGAACUUCAACAGCAAGCAUGUUCUGGAAAGACAAACAGACAUUGACUCUACACUGACACUGAAAACCCCAUUCAAAAACGCUGAAAAGUUCGUCACCAACUUUAAGUUUUUCCUAGACCAUCAUAGGCUACACACCUCAUUCAGCCUCAAAGAUAACGUCAGGGAGAUUUUCUUGGCCCUGUUGGAGGGUGGGAGUGAAGCGGCCCAAGCGUAUUCUGGAAAGCUGGUCAUCAACUGCGCCGUGUGCCCGGGCUUCGACGUCUCGUACGACCUGACCCCGACCGGAGAGGGAGCCAAGUGGAGAAUCGCUGCGCACUGGAACGCUCACGAGACUUCUUUGUCAGGCCUUUUUGCCCAGGAACGUCAACCACACGGAGUUGUGGGAACGAAGACCGUCCUAACUUUGGUUCUGCCCAAUCCACCAACGACAUAUGAACUGCGCCAACGCCAUGAAAUAAACGUUGACAAGACAACGCUCAAGGAACAUCUAGAACUGCGCCGUGACAACGAGAAGAUCAUCAUGGACAUGAACUCAAAAUGGACUCAGGUUUCCAGCUAUGGAAAAAUGACGUCUGUGACUAUUGCAGGCCAUGGCACACUGACUUCACCUUUCAAGGGUUGGGAAUAUUCCCAGAUCUCGCAGACAGUGGAAGUGAACGUGCAAAAUGAUGAGAGAGUUUCAUACGUCGGCCAAACCAAGAUACUCAAGGGAGACAAGACCAUCGAGAUGACCGAUACGGCCAAGUUCGAAAACGCUCUGAACUGGCAAUACCGUCGGGAGGUAAUCAGCAACACCAGGUGGUUCGAGCGUUUGGCUGGGUCUCUGCAGCUGGCAUGCCGCUCGGCCAGUGAUGCGACGCUGACUGGCAGUGCCGAGUGGGAUGGCGAGACAGCUGAGCUUCUUUACUCUCACAACAUCCCCGCGAUCCAUGCCAUGUCUGGCCUACAAGGACACAGCAGUGAUGUCGCUAUCUCCAUCACGGCUACGUGGUUUGGUGGUGUGUCCAAGACUCUAAAACUGGCGAAUCGGGAGUCGUCUGAGACGUACCAUCCAUCUCUGACCGUCAACUACAACGUCGGCAAGACCGUGAAACUGUACGGUGCUCUCUCAAAAGCAGUCGUGUCUGGAGAGUCCCACAUAGCUUUCGAGGCACCAUUUACUGAGAAAGUCACGUUGUCUGUGAACCCAACCUGGCAGACAGACAGUAUUCAGGUUGUUGUGAGGUAUAUGCAUGGAAGCAAGAGCUACAGUGCAGAUGCGACAAUGACGCACGACUUCCCAUCGGCCGCCCAGUUUGACGUCAAGUUUGCUUCUCCCGACAGCUGUCUUGGGAAAGGAGCCGUCAGCUUUGAGUUCGAGAUGGACGACAAGCUGGAGCUGAAGGGAAAGCUAAGCCACAAUGACUGGGGAAUGUCAGUGAAUGGGGAACUGGAAAGAAGCAAGGGAAGCAUCGAAAUCGGCACUCCUUACGAAGGCUUCACUAGCCUCUCGUUGGCAUAUGUCUGGGAUGGUAUGGAUGCUGAGCUGCGUUUGAAGCGAGAAAGCAACCAAAUUUUGAUUGUCGCCGAUGGAGAGAGUAACUACGAGAUGCUCACUUACAACGUGCGGGUCAACACCCCGUAUUAUGGAUAUGAGACCAUGGUACUCACUUUCAACAAGCCUUCGCGAGAGAACAAAUUUACAUUGGAAUACGUUCGUGGCCGCGAGACCUCCAUCUCCGUUGUCGCAGAGUAUGCGCUCUCUGGCCCCGGUUCAUCAAUAGCGAUUGAGACACAAACCUCGUUCAAGGGAUUCUCCUCGGCUGCAAUGCAUCUGAGCUAUAACCUUAUAGAGCAGACUGCCAGGAUAGCGUUCAUCAAGGAAGACGACAGCAUUGAGGCCAAUCUUAUCGCUGCGCUCAGCAUGCUACACUCCAAGAUGUCUCUUGAGUACCAAAACAGCCUGAUACCCGGUCCCAAAAAGCUGACUGUCACUGGGGAGUACAGCGUUGAAAAUCCGAAGAAGUCAUUCAGUGUUGUUGUUUUGAAGGCGACUGAUAAGUUUGCGUUCAGCGGCAAUGCGCAGCUGAUGAUGGAAUCCUCGUUCCUGACCCUGGAAAUGGAGUCCCCGAUUCAGGGAUACGAAAAUGCGAAGCUCGCUGCAAGAUUCGAUUCGUCAAGGGAAGCUUGCACUGCAAAAUUGGAAGCUUCCAAGAAUGACCAGGUACUAGGGACUACAUUGCACAAGGAGUACAUGGAUGGUGCUGGCAAGCUGAUGUUCGCUGUCGAAACGCCAUUUGAAAACAGCAGACACAUCCAGCUAGCUGCUGAGUGCGAUAUUUCCUCCUUCCCGCUGCGCGCAAAGCUGAGCGUCGAGAAAAACACCAUCCGGCACGAAAUCACUGCGCUGAUGGAGUCAACAGACGACUCAGUGCUGAUUUCAAUUACCACCCCUGUCUCUGGCUUCGAACAGCUCAGCAUUGAAGGCGGCCUGGUUGAACAGGGAUUCAGCAGGUCAGCCCAUCUGGUUCUGACCCGCAACCAGGAUCAGAUUCGCGCCGUCAUAGACGGCGAGUUCAGCUGGACAAAAUCGGCCGUCGCCCUAGAAAUCACGUCGCCUUUCUCCGUGGCCAAGUCCCUGAAUUUCAUCGCGCGUUACGACCUGCGCGACGAGCAGAAGACAUUCAGCAUUCUUCUAGCCAGAAACGGUGCGCAGAUUCAGAUGAACGGCUAUGGCAUCAUGAAGGUAGGAGCUGCCAAGGGCCUGCUUCAACUGGAGACUCCUUACCCAGAGUGGGAGAGCGUCAAGUAUGCUGGUGUCUAUGAUGUUAAUCAUGAAGAAAAGAUCAUGGAAAUUAGCUACGAGAAAAAUGGAAUCAAAAAGGUGAUCGCUAGCCGAGGAUCAUACAAUGGGGAGACGGCCUACUUGGAUGUUAUAACGCCAGUGGAGGGAUACGAGCGAAUGGGAAUAAAUGGUCAGUACAUCAGUCGAAGGGGCAAACGUGAAGCUGGAUACGACGCCCACGUAAACGACCAUCGCCACCGGCUGUACGUCUUGUACGAGCGCGUUGGAAAGGAAAGCGCCAAGCUUCGAAUCGAGUCUCCCAUCGAAGGAAUGCGUCUCGUCGAGGCGGACAUCAGGUCCCAAACUUUCCCGGAUGGAGUUGGAUAUUACAUCAACACCAACCGCGACGGGAAACGUAACUCGGCCGAAAUACGCGCCGUGUUUGGAGAAAAUGACGUCGGAGUAGAUAUCUCCAUCAAGUCCUAUGUGGAAGGGCUUGAGAGUCUGCAGAUGUCAGGAAACGUAGUGUACCGCGGCAGGAAGAGGUCGUUUUCUUUCAAGUCAAACAGAGGCGGCAGUGAGGCCGAAGUAUCGGGAGAGGCCGUGAUCAAGCGGAGGGCUGGAAACGGAAGCAUCAAGGCUAAGCUGCCGAUCGAGGGCAUGGAGGACGUGGACGUUUCUUUUGACUACAAGCUUGGAAAGAAGAAGUCGUUCCGACUGACCUCGAUUCGUGGUGGUGAGACGAGGGAGUUCUCCGGAGACUUGCAGUAUACGGAAAACAGCAUUACCAUCAAUCUCAAUACACCUUACAACGGCUUUAAGAAGCUGCACGCCGACGCAAGUCGUACACAGGCCGCGGACGGCAGGAUUGCCGCUGACAUCAACCUGCAGCGGGGCAACCGGAAGAUUGGCAUCGCGUACGACUACCUGUUCGAAAAGUCGGGUGGGUCGGGCAAAGUCGAAAUCGUAACACCGUAUGAUGGCUUCGAAAGCAUGAUGGCAUCUCUCGAGCAUACCUCUGGCACCAACGCCCGUAGCUUCGCAUUCAUGGCCAAACGUGGCGCAAGAGAAUGGAAUUUGAAGACCACGAGAAGCUGGGAGAACGGCGUGGACGAGGGAUCUCUCGUGUUGACGUCUCCCAUCGAUGAGAUCAGGUCGGUGAAAAUAUCUCGCAGGUUCGACAUCAGAAAUCUUGCUGCCAUGACGUAUGAUGCAUCUUAUGAACGGAACGGCAGAUCCUUUGUACUUUCAGGCUCUGGAGGAAUCGAAGCAGGAGGCGCUAAGGUUUCCUUUGACAUAACCUUAACUAUGCCCUUGAAGAUCAAGGAGCUAAAGGCUGAGGUAGAUUACGACUUCACGGUACAGCCAAGGACGAUAGUUGUGAGACUGUCUGGAGGGAACAGAUACGCGAAUCUGGACGCGUCCCUUGGAGACAAGAGUGGGACCGUGACCCUGGUUACAACAAACCCGAAGCUGCCGAAGGUGGACAUCAGCUAUUCGGCCAACAUCGCCAAAAAUCUCCGUGACGUUGAGGCAACCUUGGUGCUGGCGGAUGGCAGGACGCUGAGUUUGGUCUACAAGGCUGACUAUACGACAAAGAACCAUGGCAGUGGUCUUGUGAAACUGACGUCAACAACGUUCGGUGAACGCAAACUUGACUGGGAGUACGCAGCACCAGGCGACGACUUAACUGGCAGCAUUGUAUACAACUCUCCGAAUCUAAAGCUGGAUUAUUCGAUUUCCGUGAGCGGCAAGCGGUUCGUUCGGAGACGGAUCAUCGUCAAAACUGUGAUUGAAUCUCCGUGGUAUUCAUCCUCCCGAAACGCUGUCAUUCGGUACAAUACCAAAACUGGAUUUUUCCUGAAUGUUCAUUUGAUUUCAGACGGCCAAAACUAUGAUCUGGAAAUCGAUGCCAAGGAAAAUGCUGGCAAGCGCGUAGUUGUCCUAAAAUACGACGGCAAGAUGAUAAAAGGACUCAAAAUACGGGGAACCUGGACCAUCCCAAGAGAUCUGGAAAGUAGGAAGGAGUUCGACAUCACGUACAAGCGCGGAAGCAGAAAAGCCAGCCUCAGCGGCUUUGUGACGCUUGCUGCCAGCGGGAAGUCAGGGUCGUACGACAUCCAUUUAACAACGCCUUUUGAAGAAGUGGCCGAUCUUAAAAUUGGUGGUAACUGGGAUUUUGUCUUGCCAAACCGCAUUCUUAACGUGGACUACAACAGAAACGGGAAGAGAGCUGAGCUAAAUUUCAGCGGUUCUCGUUACGCUAAGCAUGCUGACUACAGCCUGUCUAUGACAAUACCUCCCAUUGAGAUCAUGAAGGGCAAGGUUAUCCGGCAGAUCGAGUCGACGCUUUCUGUUGACUUGCGCAAUGGUUACAAGAUCAAAAUAACACAGCUGAAGCCCCUGACAGAAGUCAUAGAGCUCGACUUGACGGUGCGUGGGAAUGUGAGAACGAUGAAAGCGCUGUAUAAGUUGGUGGACACUAACGACAUGGUCCCAUGGAUGCCACAAAACGUUGACGUCCAAUUUCAGUCGAAACGUACCACAAGGCCAAAUGGACCCUUGAUUGAGCUGGGCCUGGAGACCAACUUCCCCGAGUUUGAGAAGAUCGAAGCAAGUAUUGAUGUGGACAGGACUCCAGGAUCGAGCAAAGUGAACGUCGACUACAAGCGUGGCGACAGGGUUGCAAAGUUUACCGGAACGCUAGACAAGUCGGAAACGGGUGGCAGUGUCAGCUUCAGCGCCAGUACUCCGAUCGCGGGAUUCAAUGACAUCAGCCUCAGCGGCAGCUACGAAGCUGUCCCUGAACGUUCCUACGCUCUGAACAUCGACUAUUCCCGCGGUCAGAAGUACGUCCACCUAACUUCCUCCAUCAAGCUUGACAUACACAAGGAUUACGGCAAACUGCAGUCGGCAGGAGCGCAGGUCAACAUCAAGUUCGACUCGAUGAUUACGCGGCCGGUUGACCUGCUAGUGACGUUCGAUGGCUCCAUGACAGCGCCGCCGAAUGGCUCCGCCAACGGUAAGCUGGUGUCCACCCUGAACGGCAAGACGGUGAGUGUGACGUACUCGGUUGACAGAGCGGAGGCCGGCCGCCGGGUAUCUCGUAUCACCCUCACCACGCCUCUCAAGUAUCCCUUCAAGAAGAUUGUUUACAACGGCGAUGUCUCACUGACCAGCAACAAGGCGGCGUUCAGUCUGGAGUACGGCAGGAAGAAGGUGGCGCUGGACCUGUCCUGGUUCGCGGGUGAGGCACACCAGUACGGCGUCGAGGUGCGCUUGAAUACGCCGUUUAAGCCGGUCCAGUCCCUAGAGCUGGACGUAAAGGGCACCGUGAGGCCGGACGAGUCUAUAGACGUGAUGGCCCACUACCGCCGCGGCGAGAAGAUGGUGCAUGUUUCUGGCAACCUCAAACGAAGCGGCUUCGACCUCGACUUCGAGACGCCUACGUUCGGUAACUUCAACCUCAAGGCCAGCGUCAUUCCAGGCCCGCAGACAUACUCGGUGAAGGCUCUGUUGACCAUGCAGUCAGGCGUGAGCGCUGGCGGUGAGAUCACUGUGAGGGCAGUUAGCACUCGCGAUAUGCAGCUCACAGUGGAUGUGCACACUCCAGUGCGCGGCUGGGAGCGUGUGACGGUAGACGUGGCGUACAGCAACACCGACGAAAGUAACAUUCUGCGCGUGGCGUUCGAGGCUCCCCAGACCAAGCGCGUGGAAGUCUCGUUUGAGCUGACGAACUGGGCACGGAACGACAGCACAUUCUUCAAGGCCGGCGUAACCACCAACUACUUGGGCAACGCGUUUACGUUCCGCACCAACAUUCUGCGCGACGACGCCGGCAUGAAGUACGAACUCGAAAUCGAGUCACCGUUUCACAUUCUGCCUUCGUUCAAGCUCACGGGAACACGCUAGAUGACCUUCGCGAGGGCACUCAAAUUGUAGGUGGGCAGUAAGCAGAUAGGGCCCUGGUUUUGGUCGCUCGCAGAGCGCUCUCUAGGUCACCCAUCCUUUCAAACUUACUAUACUUGUAAAGACUACUGGCAAGCCUUGUAGAAAAUGUCACUGUGCCAUGAAAGUGCUCAAUGAAUAGCGUGAAUUACGUUGAAAGUGUACCGUUAGCAUGUUGAAACAUGUGUAGCAUGAAUGUACCGGUCAAGCUAUGCGUGAUCUUGCGUAAUGUACUGCGAUUAACAAGCAUGAGAUGUCCAUAUCUACUACGGUCUCUCGUCCUUGUUGUGUUAAAGAUCAACUGAUCAGUCCCGGUUUGUGCUGAUUCUGGUCGUCGGGUAGCAUAAUGCGUGGUCAAUCUGUACUGAUAUUCAAAUGCAGCUUUGUAAUACAUCAUAUGAUUACGA